GAAAAUAAGGUAGUCAAGCAAUGGCUGGCAGCAGAGUGUUCCCCCAAACCUCUCCACAGGGGAGGGGGAGGGAGAGGCGACUCCUCCAGUCAGCACCCCCAGCAAGGAAGAGACACCGUUGCCCUUCCCUCAAAGACUUCAGUUGGUUUAGAGGUUUCACGGAUCAGACAAGAGAGUUUGAUGUGGAUAACCUGAGCAAGCCAGAACUGAGAAUGCUUUUGAGUGUAAUGGAAGGAGAGCUAGAAGCACGAGACCUUGUGAUCGAAGCCUUGCGGGCCCGGCGCAAAGAGGUUUUUAUCCAGGAGCGAUACGGAAGGUUUAAUCUGAGCGACCCAUUUCUGGCUCUUCAGAGAGACUUUGAGGCAGGUGCUGGUGAUAAAGAAAAGAAGCCAAUAUGCAUGAACCCUCUGUCCAUUUUGGAAGCUGUAAUGGCUCACUGCAGGAAAAUGCAAGAAAGAAUGUCAGCUCAGUUGGCUGCUGCUGAAAACAGACAAAAGAAGUUGGAAAUGGAAAAAUUUCAGUUACAGAAUCUUGAGCUGGAGCACAAAAAACUAUCUGCUCGCCUUGAAGAAGAACGUGGAAAAAAUAAGCAUGUAGUAUUGAUGCUAGUAAAAGAGUGUAAGCAGUUGUCUGGCAGAAUUGUAGAAGAAACCCAGAAACUGGAAGAAGUGAUGUCAAAAUUUGAAGAGGAAAAGAAAAAGGCUACUGAAUUGGAGGAGUUUCUUGCAGCUGAGAAACAAAGGAGUACACAAAUGGAAGCUCAAAUGGAAAAGCAGCUGUCUGAGUUUGACACAGAGAGAGAGCAGUUGCGUGCCAAACUUCACAAAGAGGAAACACACACCAGUGACCUCAGAGAAGAAAGAGAUAAAAUGAUCAAAAUGAUUGAGCAAUUAAAAAAGGAGAAUGAAAGUAAAGCCAAUCUUUCUCAGAAGAGUAAUGAUAGGAGUCUUGUUUCUAUUUCAGUUGAAACAGAAGCACCAAGCUCAAGAACUGUUGCUUGUCAAACAGAGACUGUAAUGAUGGACAGUAGUGUAGAAAACACUAAGAAGUUGCCUUUGACUGUCUCUAUAAAGCCUUCUACAGUGAGCCCACUAGUGUCUGGCAAUACAAAAAUGAAUGUGUGUACCAAUGCAGCAUUUGUGAAGCCUGUCAUUGAUAGGCAAUCUUCAUCUAGUGAACUUGUCCCUCCCACAGCUCCUGUUCUUGCACAGAAUCAAAACAGAAUUGAAGAAAAUGGACCAAAUACAGGCUUAUCCCCUGAUUUAUCAAGUAGCACUUCUCCUUUUUCAAAUAGUAAUUCCCUUUGCACCCCUACCACACCAACUGCCACAGCUCAGAAUUCCUCGCUCUCUUCAUCUGUACACAGUCUGCAUUCACCAUCUGCCAACACUGCUGGCCAUCCAGGCCUAAACCCAAGAGUCCAAGCAGCUAGAUUUAGAUUUCAGGCAAAUAAUAAUGACCAAGACCAAAAUGGAAACACAACCCAAAGCCCUCCCUCAAGGGAUGUAUCCCCGACUAGUCGUGACAACCUUGUUGCCAAGCAGGCAGCUCGGAACACUGUUACCCAAGCCCUUUCCAGAUUUACAGGCCCUCAGGGCGGUGCUCCAUCGCGCCCAGGGACAUCACAUUCAGGGGAAGUUGGCACUUAUACCCCGGUUGGUAAAAUUACUUUAAAGACUCCAGGUGUAUCAAGAAUUGACAGAGGAAACCCUCCACCUAUUCCUCCUAAAAAACCAGGGCUUUCACAAGCUCCUUCACCACCACACCCACAGCUUAAAGUUUUAAUGGAUAGUAAUCGAUCCCCAAAUACCAGUGCAAAAACUGACAACAAAACCACGACCUCACCUCUUUCAAGUUCACCACAAGGAAUCAGGGUAAUAAAUGAGGAAAUUAUUUCUAAGUCCUCACCUCAGCUGCCACCAAAACCUGCUAUAGAUUUAUCUGUGGCACCUGCAGGCUGUGCCAUACCAGCCAUAGCCUCAUCUCAGGUGGGUGCCUGGCCUUCCCACUUUCCUGGACUGAACCAACCUGCAUGUUCAGAAAAUUCCUUUGUCAUUCCCACCACCAUUGCCUGUAGCUCCUCCAUAAACCCUGUUAGUGCUUCAUCCUGUAGACCAUGUGAUUCAGACAGCCUCCUGGUAACAGCAUCAGGCUGGUCUUCCUCCCUAACCCCUUUGUUAACAAGUGGUGGUCCUGUCCCCCUGGGUGGCAGGCCCACCCUUCUUCACCAAGCUGCUGCCCAGGGAAAUGUCACUUUAUUAUCAAUGCUGCUUAAUGAAGAAGGACUGGACAUUAAUUACUCUUGUGAAGAUGGCUAUUCUGCCUUGUAUUCUGCUGCUACGAAUGGACAUACAGAUUGUGUGAGAUUGCUGCUGGCUGCAGAAGCACAAGUUGACGCUGCUGAUAAAAAUGGCUUUACACCCUUGUGUUCAGCAGUUGCUCAGGGACAUGUCAAAUGUGCAGAAUUAUUAAUUAUGUAUCAGGCUGAUAUUAACCAUGCUGCUGAAAGAGGACAGACACCUUUGUACCUGGCCUGUAAAAAUGGAAAUAACGAUUGUAUUAAAAUGUUGUUGGAAGGUGGAGCGGAUCGAACAAUAAAAACCAGUGAUGGCUGGUCACCAAUUCACGCAGCAGUGGAUUCUGGUAACGUUGAAAGUCUCAAGCUCCUUAUGUACUAUGGAGAGCCAAACAAUGGGAACUGUUUGAUGGAUGCAGAGCCUAAUUCAGACUACUUUGAUUUGGAGAAGAGAGAAGAUGACUAUAGCAGUAGAGUAAAGCCUGUUGUUUCUGCAGAUCUCAUCAACCAUGCUGACAAAGAGGGUUGGACUGCUGCCCAUAUAGCAGCAUCAAAAGGCUUUAAGAACUGUCUAGAAAUCCUUUGUAGCCAUGGUGGACUAGAGGCUGAGAGAAAAGAUAAGUGUAAUCGAACAGUGCAUGAUGUUGCUACUGAUGAUUGCAAACAUCUCCUAGAAAACUUAAAUGCUCUUAAUGUACCUGUAAGGAUUUCAGUCAGUGGCAUUGAAGCAGUCCAUUGUGGUGCAGAGGAAUUUGAUACAAUAUGUGCUUUAAAUAUCCGCAAGCAGACGUCAUGGGAUGAUUUUUCAAAAGCAGUGAGUCAGGCAGUGACAAACCAUUUCCAAGCAAUCGCUUCUGAUGGAUGGAGGAGCCUGGAAGAUCUGUCAUUUAAUAGUGCUGCAGAAUCCAACAUUGGCCUCAGUGCAAGCAGUAUACUUUCUGUCAAACUAGGAAACAUUACAUGGUCAACAGGUCAGAUUUUUUCCCAGCCACCAUGGGACUUUUUGAAGAACAGUAGAGCUGAGCAUAUCACAGUGUUUUUGUUUGGACCUCAAGAAGGCUGUUUAAACAGUGUGACUUAUGCAUCCAUGAUCCAUCUUCAGACACUUCAGAAUUAUCUCCGCCUGGUUGAACAAUACCGUAAUGUCAUUUUCCAUGGUCCAGAAGGAAGUUUGCAAGAUUAUAUAGCAUAUCAGAUAGCGGCCUGCAUGAAGCAAAAGCAAGAGGCUGCAGGAUCUACUUGUGAGAUUGUUAAAGUGGAAGUGGAUGCUGGUUUCUCCAAGGAGCAACUUGCAGAACUGUUCAUCAGUAAUGCUUGUCUGAUCCCAGUGAAACAGCCUCCUGUAAACAAGACAACAAUUGUGAUUUUAGAAAAUCUGGAGAGAGCUUAUUUAUCUGAAUUACUCGGAGAUUUUCUAGCACCUCUUGAGAAUCGGAGUUCAGAAAAUCCCUGCACUAUUCAAAGAGCAAAUGGAGUUUCUGGUGCUUUUUACUUUCAUGAGAACUGCUUUUUACUGGGGACCAUUGCAAAGUGCCAUCUUCAUGGCUCUGACCUGCUGGUUCAGCAGCAUUUCCGCUGGGUUCAGCUUCGGUGGGAUGGGGAGCCAAUGCGAGGCUUGCUUCAGAGGAUUUUAAGGAGAAAAGUAAUAAACAAGUUCAGAGGCAAAGUGCCUCCUCCAUGUGAUCCUGUGUGCAAGACCAUAGACUGGAUUCUGGCUGUUUGGCACCAGCUGAACUCUUGCUUAUCACGUCUAGGAGCACCUGAAGCACUUAUGGGGCCAAAGCAUUUCUUCUCCUGUCCUGUGGUUCCAGGGCACAGCCAAGCAACAGUCAAGUGGAUGUCCAAGCUAUGGAAUGCUGUGAUAGCUCCCAGAGUACAAGAAGCAAUACUCUCCAGAGCCUCUGUGAAAAGACCAUCUGUACCAGGACAAGCAAUAGCCAAAAAAAGUCCUAGCCAAGGGCAACAGGCUGUUGUUAAAGCUGCUCUCAGUAUCUUGCUAAAUAAAGCUGUUUUGCAUGGCUGUCCUCUACCCAGACCAGAGCUAGAUAAUUAUAUAGCAGAUUUUAAGGGAGGAAAUUUUCCUUUAUCUGUGGCUUCAAGCUACAAAAAUUGCAGUAAGAAAAAAGGUGAGAAUGCUUCUUGGAGAAAAGUGAGCACAAGUCCUCGCAAAAAGUCAGGCCAUUUGUCCUCCCAGUCAUGGAAUAAGCAGGAGACAAAUACUGAAGGUAUAAAAUCUAAGACUGUGUUACAACCAAACUGUAAGAAAAAAGCUUCUCCCACCACAAAAUCUUCAGAGAAGGAUCAUUUGAGAACAUUAAAUCUGGAGCAAAGGCUGUCUGUUGGUUCUGAUGAUGAAGUAGAUCUUGUGCAGGAACUUCAAAGUAUGUGUUCCAGCAAAUCUGAGCCUGAUAUAAGCAAGAUUGCAGAUUCUAAGGAUGAGUUACUGAUGUUCAGUAAGUCCCAGAACAUUCCUGUCUUUUCAGCAAGUGGUACUAACCCAAAUAAAACAAGAGCACAAAAGGAUGGAAUGCGUCCUCUCAGCAGCAGUCGAACUGUAGAAAGCAGCAACAGUAAAUCAAAGACAGAGUUGGGUGUUUCAAGAGUUAAAUCUUUUCUUCCUGUUCCUAGAAGCAAAGUCACCCAGCCUUCUCAGAAUACUAAAAAAAAGCAGCAGCAGUAAUACAAGGCAAAUAGAGGCAGAUAAUAACACAAAAGGAGAAAUUUGGAAUUUGCACAAAAAAGAACAAAUAGAAAAAUCCAAUAAAUAAACCUGCCUAUCUUACAAUUUUUUGUGUUCAUACAAUCUCUAAUGCAAAGAACCAAGUACUUAAAUAUGUAAAUAUUUUUUAAAAACAAACUAUUACCCUGUAAUGUAAAGUUUGUACAGGACCACAGUUUUAUUUCUAUGUACAUCAGCUUGAAAUUAUAUUGAUUUAAAGUUCAGAAAUGGGCAUUUUGCCUCCUCCAUAGAUGGUUGGGUUUUUUUCUUCUUUUAAUAUGAAAAUUACUUAUUUAAAAGAUAAUAUUCAGGGGUACCUGCCACAGGAUUCUGUUUGUGUAUAUACUGUACAUAAAUAUAUUCUAUUAAGUUCACAUGUUAACCUGCAUUCAGAUGAGUUGCACAAUAUAUACAACAAUGGCUUAAAGCUAUUGUUCAUGCAUUUUAAAGACGUUUUAUCUUCACUUAAUGAAAAAUUAGUGAAUGUGGCAAUAACUGAAAUGUUUGGAAUUGCAGAUCGAUUACUUUCAGCUACAAGCCAUAUUAAAUACUUUGAUUUUGUCAUCAUCAUCUGCCUGCUGAAUUGUGAUUUUGUUUAUCUCAAGCUUCUCUUCAUCUAAAAUGUAAUGAAAUUCCUUUAUAAAUUCCAUCUCUUAAAAAAGGAAAGAGAUUGAGAAAUUAAAAUGCAACAGAAGUUAUUUUUCUCAGACUCUUACUCUUUGAUAGAAUUGAAGAAAAUGUGAUCAUUUAUUAACUUAGUUUUUCUUGUAUACUGUAAAAACUUUUAUAUGCUUCAUUAGUGUUUUAAAAGCAUCCAAGAAAUAAAAGUGUUUUACAGAAACAGAUUUUACUGAAAAGGAAUUUGAGCAAAAGCUUAACUACAGUAUUAUCCAAGAUAAUGUAGUAGCUAUGAGUUACUAUGUAAUUAUCAAUUUCUGUUGUGGAUUUAAGAUGUAAUUGCUAUAAAAUGAUACUUGAGUUGCAGUUAAAAUUAACUCUUUGUCAUUUUUCUCUCCGCCACUGAGGUAGAUCAUGUUCCCAUGAGGGACAGUUGCUAUGCAGGGCAUAUUUCCCCAGCCUCUUUCUACAAUAGUUGCAGUUACAUCCUUGUGAAUUGUAGGAGUGUGGAAAUGUGCGCUGUUGAGAUAGCUCACCUGUUAGGCAGGGGAAAGUGCAGAUUUUUCUGGAGAUCAGAUUUUGAUGCCUUCUUCUGGGUUAGUGGGAGAUGGUUUGGAGAAUUUGGACAGUAAUAUGCCUCUAAUAUCCAAAAGAGCGUUUUUCUCAAAAUAAGCCUGGAGGAGGAAAGGAUUAACUGUUUCCUAACACUUUGCCUUUGUAUAUAAAACAGUUAUCCCAGACUCAUGUCAAUAAAAUCUUUGUAUGGCA